GAGGCAGCCGGCCGCUCGCCGGGCCGCUUCCAGGAAAGCGGGCUCACGGCGGGGGGGCGGCCCCAGGGCUGCGCCCCCGGCCCCGGGCGGAGCGGCUCGGCGGAGAUCCCCGUGAGCGGGUGCCCCGGGCAGGAGGGCGGCGAGGCGGACGCCCGGCCCACGGCGCGACCCUCGGGAGCCCGGGCGGGGCGGGGGGCUCUUCCUGGAAGCGGGGUGCGCGGCUCGUUUAGCUCAUUAGCGGCCUCGCCACCGCUGAUGCCAGCCCAGCCGCCCCCCCGGGCACUACUGAGCCGCGCAGAAGGCCCAAGCCCGUGGCCGCUCCGGGAGAUGCGAUGAGCAUCGCCCCAGCCUCAGCCCCGGCGGACGGGGCCCUUUAAGGCGCGAGCCCGGAGCCGCCCUGACGUCAGCGGGGCGGGCGCGCCCGGGCAGCCGCAGCCCCGGCGGCCCCAGCUCCGCCGCCCCGCGCCUGAUGCCUGUCCCUGCCUGACAUUGCCACCAUGGCUGGGACGCAGGGCUGCGGCGAGGGGAAGAUCGCGGGGCUGUAUGACCUGGAGCGCACACUGGGCAAGGGCCACUUUGCGGUGGUGAAACUGGCACGGCAUGUCUUCACCGGGCAGCGGGUGGCCGUCAAGGUGAUUGACAAGAGUAAGCUGGCGGGGGAGGCAGCGGGGCAGCUCCUGCAAGAGGUGCGCUGCAUGAAGCUGGUCCAGCACCCCAAUGUGGUGCGCCUUUACGAGGUCAUCGACACCCAUGCCAAGCUCUACCUCAUCCUGGAGCUGGGUGACGGUGGGGACAUGUUUGACCACAUCAUGCGACAUGAGGGCGGGCUGGCUGAGCCACGGGCCAAGCACUACUUCGCCCAGAUCGUCCACGCCAUCUCCUACUGCCACAAGCUCCACGUGGUGCAUCGCGACCUCAAGCCCGAGAAUGUGGUCUUCUUCCAGGAGCAGGGGGUGGUCAAACUCACCGACUUCGGCUUCAGCAACCGCUUCCAGCCUGGCAAGAUGCUCACCACCAGCUGUGGUUCACUGGCUUACUCGGCACCUGAGAUCCUGCUUGGGGAUGAGUAUGAUGCCCCGGCUGUCGACAUCUGGAGCCUGGGGGUCAUCCUGUACAUGCUGGUGUGUGGUCACCCCCCCUUCCAGGAGGCCAAUGACAGCGAGACCCUCACUAUGAUAAUGGACUGCCGCUACACCGUCCCCCCGCACGUCUCUGCACAGUGCGCUGAUCUCAUCUCCAGGAUGCUGCAGCGGGACCCGAAGCAGCGAGCCUCCCUGGAGCAGAUCGAGGGCCACGCGUGGCUGCAGGGGGUAGACCCAUCCCCUGCCAGCCGCUGCCUGCUGCCCCUCACCUCCCACAAGCGCGUGUCUGAGGAGGAGCACGAAAUCAUCCUCCAGGCCAUGACGUGUGGAAACAUUGCGGAUCGGGACACCAUCCAGGAGGCGCUGGAAGCCAACCGCUACAACCACAUCACAGCCACGUAUUUCCUGCUGGCGGAGAGGAUGCUGCGGGAGAAGCAGGAGAAGCAGGGCCACUGCCUCAGCCUUGUCUACAACCUGGCCAAGGAGGUACAAAGCAGGACCAACUUAUCGGACACAUUCAGCCCCGUGGGCAGCACCAGCAGCCUCUUGCCCUUCACAGAGGUGCCAGGCAGCCUUGCUGUGGGCUCCCGGCUGCCCCCCCUGCCUGCUGGAGGGGACACAAGUGGCCGGCAGCCCCCCAGGACCCUGCUGAAGGUCCCUGCUGUUGACACCACCAUCACCAAGAGCACCCCAGCCCUGCAGCAGAUCUGUGAGGAGGAAGAGGAGGAGGAGGAGGAGGAGGAGGGGAGGCCCAGCACCAUGGAGAGGAAGAGCAGUUCACUGAACCAGGAGCAGAUGCGAGCUUUCCUGCAUGCCCGCCGCCGCCCAUCUGGCUGCGGGGAGGUGUGGGGCCCAGGGGCCGAGCUGGGGAGCUGGGGCGGGCGCUCGGGGGUGGCCUGGGCUGGGAAGGGAGCGAGCGGGGGCUGGGGUCCCCCAGCACUUCGGGGGACCGGAGCCAAGCCCCCUAGGAGGGAGGACAUAGAGCCUAGGGGCUCCUUGGCAGAGCCCCCCAGGGAAAAGGGAGCCAUCCUGUCCCCCCGGAGUGGCUGUGCUGAGCUUCCCGAGGUGCUGGGGGCAGAGACAACAACCCCUGCUGCCCUCCCAAGCCCUGCAGACAAGUCCCCAGGGCAGGGGGCACCCAGCAGCCCAGCCCAGCGGUCAGGGGAGAGCUCGGACCUGGGGGGCAUCGAGGGGGGCGCAGAGAGCGUGAUCAAGCUGGACCCAGGCAAAAGCAAGGGGGGCAGCCUGCGGGACAGGCUCCUGCAGUUCCCGCUCUGUGAGAAAGCCCUGGCCUUCAAAAUCCGGCCGGGCUCCAAGGAAAGCCUCCUCUCGCUGGGGCAGUUCAACUGCUGCCACGUCAUUUAAGCCCCUGGGGCGGGGGUCCGGCCCCACCGCAGGGGCAGGGAGCAUGCCUGCUCCUCUGCGUUUGGUCUGCCUGUGACCUGCAGAGCAGUAGCUGUGGGGCUGGCGGGGGGCACGGUGCCCCUGCUUUGUCACCUGCGGUGGCCACCCUGCUAGCAUCCGCCCCUGGCGCCCGCCGUGCCGGACCCCCCAGGACGGGGCUGCCCGGGGGGCGAGGUGAGCUGGGUCUGUCCCGAGUGCUGGGGCAGCCCCAUGGACCACGACACAUUUUUUUAACUACUAGAAAUAAUUUUUUUAAAUAGUCUAUUUUAAUGUAAUUAAAUAGAGAUUGCUAUAUCCCCCCCACCCCCUCCCCGUGACAGCGGCUCCCCCAGCCCCGCAGCCCGCGUGGCCCCAGGACCAGGCUGUCCUGCCCGUGGCGGCUGUGGGGCAAUCGCUUGCCUGCCUGCAGCCCCCCUGCCGCUGUCCCCCCCCCGACCGGGGCCAGGCACAGGCUGUCCCCUGGGCCUCCCCCCGCAAAUAAGCUUCCUAUUUAUUAUCGCUUUGUUUUCUUGCUGGCAAGAAAUGAGUGACGACUGAGGCGCGCACGCGGAAGGGAUUGGAGCUGCUGGGAAGCAAAGUUAAUCGGGCCAAUAAAACGCACUCGUGGGUUGA